GAUCAGCGACUUGGAUCUAUCUAUCUUUAUUUUCACGAAAAAAUAUGUUGGCGAUAGGAAACAUCCUAUCAGAGAUUCAGAUCCAAUCGACAAAACAGCAAAAAUAAUGGCUUUCUCUUCAUCUAUUUCGUCUCGUAAUUGGACACACCAUGUCUUCCCGAGCUAUAGCGCGCAAGAUGUCCGCAGUGACUUUUUCAGUCAUGUUUUGAAGAAGUUUCGAAUUAAGGGAAUCACACCGUUCAUCGAUAAUGAGAUCGAGAGAGGAGAAUCCAUUGGUCCCGAACUCAUUCAGGUGAUUAGAGCUUCUAAGAUCGCGAUCGUCUUUCUCUCGAGGAACUAUGCUUCUUCAAAGUGGUGUCUUCACGAAUUGGUGGAGAUUAUCAAGUGCAAGGAAGAGUUGGGUCAAACUGUGUUCUCCAUAUUCUAUAAAGUAGAUCCACUUGAUGUAAAGAAGCUGUCCGGAGAUUUUGGCAAGGUUUUCAGAGAAACAUGUAAGGGUAAAACAAAGGAGGACAUUAAGAGAUGGAGACAAGCUUUGGCAGAAGUGGCCACAAUCGCUGGUUACCAUUCCAGCAACUGGGAUAAUGAAGCGGCAAUGAGUGAAGAUAUAGCCUCUGAUAUUUCAAAUUUUUUGAAUAUAUCCACUCAACCAAAGGAUUUUGACGGUCUAGUUGGGAUGGGAGUUCAUAUGGAAAAGUUGGAACCGAUGUUAUGCCUAGACUCAGAUGAAGUGAGGAUGAUAGGAAUCUUGGGUCCUUCUGGGAUUGGUAAGACCACAAUUGCCAGAUUUCUGUUUAACCAACUCUCUGCUACAUUCCAACUUAGUGUCUUCAUGGAGGAUAUCAAAGGACGUUAUCCAAGACCCUGUUACGAUGAGAACAGUGCGAAAUUGCAAUUACAGCAAGACUUCUUGUCUGAGAUCAUCAACCAGAAGGAUAUCAAGAUUCAUCAUUUCAGAGUUUUGCUAGAAAGGUUGAACGACAAAAAAGUGUUAGUCGUUCUUGAUGACGUGGAUAGCUUAGGACAAUUAAAUGCCUUGGCGAAACAAACUCGGUGGUUUGGUCCUGGGAGUCGGAUUAUUAUCAUAACUCAAGAUAGACAGCUUUUGAAUGCACAUGAGAUUAACCAUUUUUACGAGGUGGGCCUUCCAACCCCUGAUGAAGCUUUUAAAAUCUUCUGCAUGUAUGCUUUUGGUCAAACGUCUCCAUAUGAUGGUUUUGAGAAUCUUGCUAGGGAAGUUACACAACUUUCCGGUGGACUCCCUCUGGGACUAAUGGUUAUGGGCUCCCAUCUUCGGGGAAUGUCUAAGCAGGCGUUGAAAGAGGAACUACCGAGGUUAAGGAAUACCGUUAACGGAGAAAUAGGGAGCAUUUUAAAGUUAACUUACUAUUCCUCUGAUGAUAAAGAAUUAUCUCAUCAUCAUAUAUCCCCUUUACGCGAUGGUGAAUUGAAUGCGAGGAUGGAAGAACUUGCAAAGGAUUUCUCGGAAGUGAGGCAAGAGCUUAUCAUCACAAACCAAAAAUUAAAGGAAGAUUUAUAUACAAGUGAAAGAGCUUUCAAAGAAAUUGUCUACAUUUACUGUGAAGAUAGAUUACAAUACUCCUUUGCCAGCCACCUCUCCAUGGAUUUCCGUCGGAAAUGCAUUGAUGCAUUUGUGAAUUGCAAUGAAAUUCCGGAUGUAAUAGAUAGAGUUAGCGCUUCCGUGGUGAUUUUCUCCAAGAGCUGCUUCUCCUCUACCUCAUGCCUAGACAAGCUCGUGAGGAUUCUUCAGUGCCAGAGGAAAACCGGCCAGCUGGUGGUUCCAGUAUUCUACGGCAUUAGUCCAUCAAAUUUGGUGGUGCAGGAGCAUGAGUCAGCGGAUCGGGUAAGAGAAUGGAGUAGCGCGCUCCAAGAACUGAAAGCAUUACCAGCCCACCAGUAUAGGGAGGAAUGUAGCGAGUGGGAACUUGUGGAAGAGAUUGUCAAAGAUGUGUGUGAAAAGUUCUUUCCCACGCAACAAAUUGGAAUCAACACGAGGGUGAUGGAGAUAGAACAAUUGCUUUGCAAGCAACCAUGGGGUAUUCGUCGCAUAGGAAUUUGGGGUAUGCCUGGCAUAGGCAAGACGACACUUGCUAAAACAGUUUUUGACCAAAUCUCUGGAGGCUAUGAAGCUUCUUGUUUUAUCAAAAACUUUGACAUGGCUUUUCAUGAGAAGGGGCUUCACCGUUUGUUGGAGGAACAUUUUGGGAAAAUUCUGAAGGAAUUGCCUCGUGAAUCCAGAAACAUUACGAGAUCUAGCCUCCCGGGAGAAAAGUUAAGAAAGAUUAGAACUUUCGUUGUUCUUGAUGAUGUGCACAAUUCUUUGGUUGCUGAAUCUUUUCUCGGAGGGUUCCAUUGGUUUGGCCCGGGAAGCCUGAUAAUCAUAACCUCCAGAGAUAAACAAGUUUUCCGCCAUUUUCAGAUCAAUCAUGUGUAUGAGGUUCAAAGCUUAAAUGAGAAUGAGGCUCUGCAGCUGUUCUCUCAGUGUGCAUUUGGUAAACAUAUAAGAGAACAAAAUCUCCUGGAACUUUCAAAGGAAGUGAUUGACUAUGCUAAUGGAAAUCCAUUAGCUCUCAGAUGUUACGGCAGAGAGCUUAAGGGAAAGAAACUAUCAGAAAUUGAGACCACAUUCCUCAAACUCAAGUUACGUACUCCAAAUGAGAUUCAUGAUUUGUUCAAGAGCAGCUACGAAGCACUUAAUGACAAUGAGAAGAACAUUUUUCUGGACAUUGCUUGUUUCUUCGAGGGAGAAAAUGUUGAUUAUGUGAUACAACUGCUUGAGGGGUGUGGUUUUUUUCCACAUGUUGGGAUUGGUGUUCUUGUGGAGAAGUGUCUGAUGACUAUUUCAGAAAACAGAGUGAAAAUGCACAGAAUAAUCCAAGACUUUGGCCGAGAAAUAAGCAAUGGCCAAACAGUACAGAUAGAGAGGUGUCGCAGACUGUGGGAACCUAGGACCAUCAGAUUCCUACUUGAAGAUGCCAAACUCGAAACAUAUGGAGAUCCCAAAGCUACCUAUACACAUGCUCUGGGGACUGAAGACAUUGAAGGCAUAUUUCUGGACAUAUCAAACUUGAUAUUUGAUGUGAAGCCUGGUGCUUUUGAAAAUAUGCUAAGCCUUAGAUACCUGAAGAUUUUCUGUUCCAGUUAUGAAACCUAUUUUGGACUCCGCCUUCCAAAAGGACUUGAGUCUCUGCCUUAUGAGCUAAGACUCCUCCACUGGGUGAACUAUCCUUUACAAUCCUUGCCACAAGAAUUUGACCCAUGUCACCUUGUUGAACUCAAUCUGUCUUAUAGUCAGCUUCAUAAACUUUGGGGAGGAACUAAGAACCUCGAGAUGCUGAAGAUGGUCAGGCUUUGUCAUUCCCAGCAGCUAAAUGAGAUUAAUGAUAUUGGUAAAGCUCAAAAUAUCGAGCUAAUAGAUCUCCAGGGGUGUUCAAAACUGCAGAGUUUUCCAGCCAUGGGUCAAUUACAGCAUCUACGAGUUGUAAACCUUUCAGGUUGCACUGAGAUUAGAAGCUUUCCAGAGGUUUCACCAAAUAUUGAGGAACUACAUCUCCAGGGAACUGGCAUCAGAGAACUACCAAUAUCCACUGUGAACCUCUCCCCGCAUGUUAAGCUGAACCGAGAGCUUUCGAAUUUUCUAACAGAAUUCCCAGGGGUUUCAGAUGCUUUGAACCAUGAGCGAUUACCAAGCGUGGUUGAAGCAGUCUUAUCUUAUCACCAUCUUGGUAAACUUGUUUGCCUGAAUAUGAAAGAUUGUGUCCAUUUGAGAAGUCUUCCUCAAAUGGCUGACUUAGAAUCUCUGAAAGUUCUUAAUCUGUCUGGAUGCUCAGAGCUCGACGAUAUUCAGGGUUUCCCACGAAACCUGAAAGAGUUAUAUAUUGGUGGCACCGCUGUAAAAAAACUUCCACAGCUUCCCCAAAGUCUAGAAGUCUUGAAUGCACAUGGCUGUGUGUCACUCAAAGCAAUUCCUUUUGGUUUCAAUCACCUUCCUAGGUAUUACACAUUCAGUGGUUGUUCUGCUCUUUCACCACAAGUGAUCACAAAAUUUUUAGCAAAAGCUCUGGCUGAUGUAGAAGGCAUAGCAAGAGAGUUUAAGCAGGAACUCAACGAAUCUCUGGCUUUCAGCUUCAGUGUGCCUUCACCUGCAACUAAAAAACCCACACUUAAUCUGCCAGCAGGAUCUUCUGCAACGAUGCGACUGGAUCCUUCUUCUAUAAGCACGCUCCUGGGCUUUGUUAUAUUUAUUGAAGUUGCAAUUUCGGAUGAUUACGAUGAGGCUAUUGGUUUUGGUGUUAGGUGUGUUCGGAGAUGGAAAGACAAGGAAGGCGUCUCUAGAAGUCUAGAAAAAACUUUUCAUUGUUGGACUCCAGGGGAAGGUUUUCACAAGUUUCAAAAGGAUCAUUUGUUUGUCUUCUGUGAUCUCAAUUUGCAUGCGUUUUCUGGUAAAGGAGAGGACCCAGAUAUAUUCGCUGGGCUGGUUGUAUUUGAUUUCUUUCCCGUCAACAAUCAGGAGAAGCUUCUAGAUGGGAGCUGUACGGUGAAGAGUUGUGGAGUCUAUUUAACUAGGCGUCGCCCGGCUUUGAAAUCGAUCGACUGAAAGUCAUUUUUAAAAAAUGUACAAUAUUAUAACGUUUUUAGUUUAUUAUGGAAAAUCAGGAUAUACAGAGAGGAAUGACCAUAAAUAAUGUUUUAUUUGAUUUCGUUGGUUUUGAUCCACGAAUCAACGAAUCUUUUGAAUUUGCUACUUAGUUUGGUUUUGGACCGAGUUUAUUUAA